ACAUUUCAUAAUCUAAAAGACAUUCGUAAAGACGGCAAGAAUUUUUUGCGGAGGUGAUUUUUCGGCUCAUUUCAAUAUAUUGCCUAAUUAGAUAAUUAAUUAUAGACAAUAGAAGAUAAAAAUGGCAGAAAGCUCGGAACAAACUACCGUUAUCAUUGCGAUUGAUAAGAGUAAAAUUGCCGAAAAGAUGUUCGACUGGUAUGUUGAUCGACUUCAUAAGGCCAAGUCAGACAUUUAUCUUGUCUAUUGUGUUGAAGGAGCUUCCUUGGCAACUUCCGAGGGAAUGCGUCUAUCCGAAGGGGAAUGGCAAAAAAUGUAUAGAAAAGAGAUGGAAGAGAAAAAGUUUAUCGAGGAAAAGUAUGAAAAGAUAGCAAAGGAGAAAAACAUAGCAAUAAAAUUUGAUAUUCGCUAUGGAAAACCAGGGGAAGCUAUCGUAUCGGCCGCCAAGGACUUAAGAGCAUCUUUCGUAAUGAUGGGAACUAGAGGAAUGGGUACGAUAAGACGUACUAUCCUAGGUUCUGUUUCUGAUUAUGUUGUUCAUCAUUGUCACUGUCCAGUUAUAGUACAUAGAGUAUAG